AUGCACGCUAGUGCUCCUGCAGCUACGAUUCUCACUCUCCUGAUCAUAUGGACCGUGGUUGACGGAUCCCCACGUUACGAGAGUAUGGAGCCAUAUCAAAGGAUCGCAUUCAUAUCAGACAUUGGCGCCCAGCGCUUAAAACCUCUCUUCGUCGCCGGUUGCGUGAUCACUGCUGUGCUUCUCAGCGCUUCAUUUGUGUCCGAGAGAUGGCUUAGACACAGCGGCCACCUUGCUAGAAAUAGAGGGAAGAGAGACAAGGCGUUCGCCAUCAUCGCUAUAUUCCUUUCGCUGAUCGGGGGAGCGGCACUGAUUCUCCUGUCGAUUUUUGACACCCUGCGCACGAUCUUCGUAUGGGCAGAAUACUACCGACUCGGGAUACAUUAUCAGCAACACAAAAUUAUAUUCGUGAGCUUUUGGAUCAAACUCGCCUUCAUCGUUGUUGAGAUGGGGCUUUCGAUUGGGUUGGUAGUUCUGCGUAAACGAACGAAAGAAGACCAAGCUGCAAUCUUAAAGUGGAUAAUCGCCUACAUAUUCCCCUUCUACAUGGUAUCCUAUGGAGUUGACCUCCUCCCCGCCGUGAGAACCCGCCCCCACAUCCCACAAGACUCCGUGGGCGAUCAGGCAAAUAUCGAAAAGCCCGCUCACAACCAAUCGUCGGACGCCAUACAACAGCCUCCAAUGGAUCACUUGCAUGCUCCAGAGGAGAGUUUAGAUGUCUAG